AUGGAUCCUCCGGACACUGAUGAUUAUAUCCUCUACUUUGCCUACGGCAGCAACAUGUGCAUCACUCAGAUGGCAGACCGCUGCCCCAGAAGCAUAUUCGUCGGAAAGGCCCAGCUGCACGGCUACAGGUGGCAGAUCAACCAGCGUGGCGUCGCCAAUGUCGUUAAAGCACCGGGCAAGGUGGUUAGAGGCCUGGUCUACCUGGCUCACUCGUCAGAUAUGGCUCCCCUAGACCGCUACGAGGGUGUGAGCAGUGCCCUCUACGAGCGACAGAUCCUUCCGAUUGAGCUGUUUACCCACAGCAUUUUCGUCAACUACAAGACGAAAUACAUGGCUCGCCUAAUGGAGCACGAAGAUCUGAAAGGGUUUGACUUGAGCGGCAAAACAGCCAAGGGCCGGAAGGUCGAGACCGAUGCCCUGGUAUACGUCAGUGAGAAUUACAAGAGAGACGGCCUCAUUCGCAAGGAAUACAUCUCGCGUAUGCGAAAGUCGGUUACCCAGGGCUGCAAGCUCGGUCUCCUGCGCACCUAUCUCAACGACACCCUCGUGCCCCAUCUUGGCAAGCUCGAUGAAGUUGCCCAGAAGGUGGUCGAGAGUGAUUGGCAGAGGGCGUUCUAUCGCGAGACCGAGAGGCAACAGGCGAAUAGCAAUGGGGGAGGGGCCCCUCCUAACUCUGCCCUCCUUAACUUCAUGGCGGGCGCUACCCCGCCCCCUAGACGCACAGGCAAUGCUGCCAGCACCGGCCGCCGGCCCGCCAUCAUGCUCGUCGAGCCUCGCCCUGAGCGCCGGACUAACGGAAACGCGGGCCGUACCAACGGCAAUGGAGACGGGGGGCGUACGAACGGUAACGGAGAUGGGGGUCGUACGAACGGUAACGGAGAUGGGGGUCGUACGAACGGCAGGGCGGAAGCCGAGGGCCGGACCAACAACCCCUCAACCUCGACCUCAACCGCAAACUCGACCGCAAACCCAACCCCAACCCCAACCCCCGGCCCGGAACCCCGUCAAGAAGGACGUUUUGCUCGGGGCUGGAGGCAUAUUCUAUCUCUGCGACAUCGCGGCGACGACAGCGACGACGACAACAAUGCGGAAGGCACCGAGCCGACCCGUCGCCGCCAGAAUGGUGCCGCCAACGGUACCAACGGUACCAACGGAACAAAUGGUACUCGCGACCAGCCCGACAGUCGCACCGCCGCCAGGAGCAACUCCGAAUCUUCCGGUGAUAACGCCAACGACCGUACCGCCGCUGGGAGGGGAGCGACAGCCAGGACUGGCGGUGGGAAUGGCAACGCGUCUGCAUCGCAGCCACAGCAGCCAAAGGCGUCUAGUGCCGAUGGUGCUGGGGGUGCGCCCAAGGCCAGCUCAACUUCAGGAGCGCCGCGCCCAGCAGCAGCAGCCGCCUCCGCCACAGCAACUACUUCGACAAAUGGAACCAAAGCCGCUACCAAUGGGAACAAGACCGCUGGCAACGGGACCAAGACUGGGGCCGCUGCGACAGAUUCGAAGGCCCAACAGCCGCAGCAGAAGUAA